AUGGGUCCAUCUUGGAAACCUUGCCCUGAACUUUCCAUAUUCGAACAAUUAAACAAAGUGAAAAAACACACAGCAAACACACCCAUCGUGCGGGGCUACGAUUGGAAUCAAGGAAUUGAUUACUCAAAAUUAUUUGAGUCGUAUGUUAAUACGGAGUUUCAAGCUACUAAUCUUUGGAUGGCAAUAAGAGAAAUCAAUCGAAUGGUAAUGUAACCAUUUUUUUAUGGAAAGGUUUAUGUAUUUUAAAAUAUUGUUAGCUUGAUCGUAGGCAGCAGCCGUUGAAACCUGAUGAAGCCGAUUUGCAUGAAACGGAUGAAUUCAUUAGACGAAAACAUAGCUGUACAAUAUUCCUUGGAUUCACAUCUAAUCUAGUGUCGUCGGGAUUACGGGAGACAUUACAAUUACUGGUUGAACACCAAAUGGUGGAUUGUGUAGUAAUGACUGCGGGUGGCGUGGAAGAAGACUUUAUAAAACACUUAUACACAAUAUAAACAAUAUAAACUUAUAAAUAACACUAAUAUGUAUUAUUAAAAUCUUCAACAUACAUAUGUUUCUGUUUAAACUCAAUUUCCAAUUGAUGUUUUCCUAUAACGGCUAACGAAUUGUCAAUUUGUACACAUAUGUCAAAGGACAAAUUACCACCCAGGAUUGUAUCCUACUGCAUGCAAAAAUUUAGAAAUACUUGAAGCGUGUUUAAAAAUUGCACAAAAAAAACAACUGAUUUAACAUCAAACAACAAGUAUUAUCCCAAUAAAAUUGAACAGAUAUUCAAAGUAAUUCAAUAUGAUCACUUAAAUAACGUAAACACUUGCAUUAUUUAAUAUAUUUUAAAGUUUAACGCAACACCCUGAUUACCAUGAAAGUAUCAAAAAA